AUGAACAUUACACUCGUUGGUGGCUAUCCUGAUAAACGUGUCAACCCUUCCAGACUUGCGGCACUGAUUCUGCACAAGGGAGUCUUCUUAUAUCCAAUGGAUAAUCGCCUUCGGAUGAGUGUGGCUAUGACCAUCACUGACGAACUUUUCUUGAUGGGAAUUUCUAUCAUCAAGGAGAGUCUGAACGAGAUUCUAGAGUGCGACGAAAUUUCCAGUGCUCAAAGCGAGGAUUCAAAGUCGGUUACGCCGUGGGAAACGCUGGACUAG